CUGUACAGUAUGACCCGAUACCGAGAUCGAGGCCUGCAUCCCUUUCGCCUUCGCCCAGCGUUAUCAGUUCCAGAUCGCCAUCACCUCGUUCCGCAGCAUCACGCUCACGCUCACCUCUUCCACCUCGAUCCCCUCGCGAUCCAUUCCGCCGAGAUACUUUCAUACCUUCAUCACCUCGGGACGUCAAACGAUGGAACGAAGCAGAUACAUGGCUGGACCCGGAAUAUGCGGCAUGGCUCGAGGAUGAGAAGCAGCGCGCAGAAGAACGGAGAGCACGACGGGAAGGGGAGCGAAGGCUUAGAUCUACAAUGUCACACGAUGACAGAGGCAGAGGUCUUCGCGGCUGGUCGCCCAAGAGGGAGGAAGAGAAACCAGUUGAGCUGCUACCGAGUCCGCCGCCACCAUUACUUCGCAUGGACGAGGACCUGACAGCGGAUGCGGACCCCUCUGCAGGCAAACUGACCAUUCGCGGGGCGGCGGCUGCCCCUCGCAAGACUCUUCUUGAGCGCCUCGCUGCGGCUAAAGCCGAAGCAGCUGAGAAAGUCAACGACCCUCUGAUCCCACCACCCCUGCCUCAUUCGAUAUCAGACCCCGUCACCUCAGCCGCCGUGCCCAACAUCACUGGAGUCAGAGCGGCAGUCCAAGCUCGUCUACGUCUCAAGCUCAAGUUGGCGUCAGAGAAGAAGGCCUUUGUGUUCAAUCAAAACGAGUCUCGCGCCCAGGCGCUGCGAGCGAUGAUCCUGGAGGCCAAGGCCCGGCGUGAGGCUACCGAAACGGAUAAUGUCUUGCGACACAUGGAUCGACUGGACCGUGCUCGAGAGAUAAGGCGCAGGCUGAUGGUCGAGAAGAUGAUGGCCGCAGAGACAGAGGCGGAGAGAAAGGCCAGAGAGCUCAAAGAAAGGUUGAUGGGAGAGAAGAAGGCAAGAAUGUUGCGCGAGAAGCUCAAACAGAGGAAGAAGAGCCAAGGAGAGGCAUUGCCAAUCGUCGCAGUUCUAUGACGUGUUGUAAAUGCAUGGCGAUGUGAUUAGUCUUGACGAUCUAGGAAGGCAGCCCCUUUAUCGUUCUCUAUCUUGCGUGUAAAGUUGGCAUACCACUUCUCGAAGAAUGACAGUGGUAUUGGUGUAUCGGGGCUGACAAUGAGUGGACGACGGGGAGAAUUCGCUCACGUCAAGCUUAUCUGGACGCCCUACAUUCUUCACAACCUUCUCUGCGACCUUUCCUACAUCCACUCUUUCAGCAACCUCUUUCCCUCGCAUGUCCCCC